GUGUGUGUAUGCCAGGCAAAGUGUGUUUCCGGUAUAACGUGUGUGUUGGUUGGUGUUCAGCCUUUUUCUCCUGGCUUUCAGUAGAACAGUCAUUCCAGAGAGUCCCAGCUCACAUAUCUGGUCAAACCCUUUAAACGUCUAAUCGGUGGACAUGGCAUCUGUUUCGGCACCAACGCAAACGGCCCCAGUUCUGGCUGCUACUUUGCAAAGAGGAAUUGUGAAAAUGGUCUUGUCCGGCUGUGCCAUUAUUGUUCGAGGCCAGCCUCGAGGAGGCCCGCCCCCCGAGCGUCAGAUCAACCUCAGUAACAUUCGAGCCGGGGCCAUAGCGCGUCGUGCAGCGCAGGCCCAGCCCGACACCAAGGACACCCCUGAUGAGCCAUGGGCAUUCCAAGCCAGAGAGUUCCUGAGGAAGAAGCUAAUUGGCAAAGAAGUGUGCUUCACCGUGGAAAUCAAGACAAGCUUGGGCCGCGAGUACGGCAUGGUGUACCUGGGGAAAGACACAUCAGGAGAAAACAUCGCUGAGUCUUUGGUAAACGAAGGCUUCGCUAAUGUCAGAAGAGAAGGAAUCAGGGGAAACAAUCCAGAUCAGGUCAGACUCUGUGAGCUGGAGGACCAGGCAAAGGCUUCCAAGAAAGGCAUGUGGAGUGAGGGUGGCGGCGCGUACACAAUCCGCGACCUCAAGUACACCUUAGAGAGCCCUCGCAACUUUGUGGACUCUUUGCAUCAGAAACCCAUCAAUGCUAUCAUCGAGCACGUGCGUGACGGCAGUGUUGUUCGUGCCUUGCUGCUUCCCGACUACUACUUGGUCACUGUAAUGCUGUCUGGUGUUAAGUGUCCCACAUUCAAGAGGGAAGCAGACGGUUCAGAAACACCAGAGCCAUUUGCAGCAGAGGCCAAGUUCUUCACAGAGUCCCGUCUUCUGCAGCGAGACGUUCAGAUCAUCCUCGAGAGCUGCCACAACCAGAUCAUAAUGGGGACCAUCCUUCACCCGAAUGGUAAUAUAACGGAGCUGCUUUUGAAGGAAGGCUUCGCACGCUGUGUGGAUUGGUCUAUGGCUGUUUACACACAGGGGGCUGAGAAACUCAGAGCUGCUGAACGAUCUGCUAAAGAGCGCAAGGUCCGCAUCUGGAAAGACUACGUGGCGCCCACAGCCAACUUGGAUCUAAAGGACAGACAAUUUGUUGCCAAGGUGAUGCAGGUGGUCAACGCUGAUGCCUUGGUGGUCAAGCUAAACUCUGGAGAAUACAAAACUAUUCACCUGGCCAGCAUUCGUCCCCCUAGGAUAGAGGGAGAGGAGAAGAACAAGGACAAAGAUAAACGAUUCCGCCCUCUCUAUGACAUCCCCUACAUGUUUGAGGCCCGUGAGUUCCUAAGGAAGAAGCUCAUCGGUAAAAAGGUCAACGUGACUGUGGACUACAUCAGAGCAGCUACCGGUCCAGGAGAAGGCACGCCUGCUUUCGCAGAGCGCACCUGUGCCACAGUUGCAAUUGGUGGAAUUAACAUCGCUGAAGCUCUGGUCAGUAAAGGCCUCGCCACAGUCAUCAGAUACAGACAGGAUGAUGACCAACGGUCCUCCCACUACGAUGAGCUGCUUGCUGCAGAAGCACGGGCCAUCAAGAAUGGGAAAGGGCUGCACAGCAAAAAGGAGGUUCCCAUUCACAGAGUGGCUGAUAUCUCUGGGGAGACACAAAAAGCCAAGCAGUUCCUCCCCUUCCUGCAGAGAGCUGGCCGGUCAGAAGCUGUUGUUGAAUACGUCUUCAGCGGCUCACGUCUCAAGUUGUACAUGCCCAAAGAAACCUGUCUCAUCACAUUCCUGCUUGCUGGUAUUGAAUGCCCGCGAAGUUCCCGGAAUAUGCCUGGCGGGAUUCAGGCAGCUGAACCCUUCAGUGAUGAAGCCAUGCUGUUCACAAAAGAGCUGGUGUUGCAACGAGAGGUUGAAGUUGAAGUGGAGAGCAUGGACAAAGCAGGGAACUUCAUUGGCUGGCUGCACAUUGAGAGCGUGAAUCUUUCCGUGGCGCUUGUGGAAAGCGCUCUGUCUAAGGUCCACUUUACAGCAGAGCGCAGCCCCUACUACAAAGCCCUGGUCUCGGCAGAGGAGGUGUGCAGGCAGAGGAAAGAAAAGAUCUGGGCCAACUAUGAGGAGAAACCAGUGGAGGAGGUUGUGCAUGUAUCUGAGGAGAAGGAACGCGUGACCAACUACAGACCAGUAUAUGUGACUGAAAUCACCGACACCCUGCACUUCUACGCCCAGGAUGUAGAGACAGGAAGCCAGUUAGAGAGUCUGAUGGAAACCAUGAGAGCAGAGAUCGCUGCCCAUCCUCCGGUCGAAGGGUCCUACGCUGCACGCCGGGGGGACUACUGCCUCGCAAAGUUUGCUGAUGGUGAAUGGUACAGAGCCAGAGUGGAGAAAGUUGAGUCACCGGCAAAGGUUCACGUCUUCUACAUCGACUAUGGCAACAGAGAAGUCGUGUCAAGCACCCGUCUGGCUACGAUGCCUCCUGCCUUCAGCACCAGGACCCUGCCAGCACAGGCCACAGAGUACACCUUCGCCUUCAUCCAGGUCCCACAGGAUGAGGAUGCCCGUGCAGAUGUGGUCGACUGUAUUGUGCGGGACAUCCAGAACAGCCAGUGUCUGAUGAACGUGGAGUAUUCAGGUGCCAUCUGCCCACACGUCACAAUACAGUUUGGAGACACCAAGGAUGACGUCGGCCUCGGCUUGGUCAAAGAGGGUUUGGUCAUGGUGGACAUCCGCAAGGAGAAGCAUCUGCAGAAGAUGGUGACAGAGUAUCUGAACAGUCAAGAAUCUGCCAAGAGUGCCAGACUCAACAUCUGGCGCUAUGGAGACUUCCGUGCGGACGACGCUGAUGAGUUUGGUUACAGACGUUAAGAGAGAAAAGCGACCAUCAAGUUGACACCAUUCCAAAGACCAACACAGACAGGAAGCAUUGACGAGAUGAACUUGAACGACAAACGUUGACUUAUUCACUCUUCCUUUUUUACAUUUCAUCCCUACAAUCUGGCUUCUCUUCUAAUCAUGCAGAAUUUUAAAUUUUAUCCAGCUAGCAAUGCUACAUAAAUCUUUAAAUAAUAACCUAAUUCUCCACUCUUUUCUAAUCGACCUUUAUUAGCUUGAGCAACCUGCACUGUUGCCAAUCUGCUAUUUACCAUGUGACCUCCUUGUGGGAAUGAUAGUUAAGUGUGUUUCAGCCAGUCAUACUUUUCACACUUUCCUCUUUACUCAAAUGGACCGGCUAUUUUGGGAAGAACACUCAAUUUUCUGCAAACAAAUGCUUCCCUAAUACAUUAAUUGUAAAUGUGACAGUAAGUCAAAAGGUGUAAAUUCAUUUAUUUUAGAAACCACCGGUAGGUGAAGUCACACAGACAAAAAAAGGAUGAGUUUAUUUUUGUCUUCACUGUAUAUCUGUGUGACACUUUGCAGAUGUUUUUGUGGGGAGUGUUUUGUCGUUUAUUUGAAGUCACACUUUUAUGACCAGUAAAUACGGAUGCCUUCAUGUGGCAUUUUAUCAUCUUUUGUUCUAUAAAGUUUACAUUCUUAUAAUGGUUAUGAUCCUGUCUCUGGCAGUCUUUUCUCUUUCUGUCUCUGUAUGCCAUAUCAGACACAGUGUUUGAACUUGUUUCCAAGUAAUGAAUCUUUGCAUUCUAUUAAAAAAUCUGCUGAAUAAAAAAAAAAAAACAAGUAAACUAAA